AUGCUGCAGCAGCUACGUCAAGAGGGCGUCGACGUGCUGUGGAUGAACGGAGGCCCCGUGAAGCCCCGCCACGUCUGCGCCGUGACCGUGCUCCGCACGCAGCGCGCCGUUUCAGCGCUAUCCACGUCCAGUGGCUGCAGGGCGUUGAUCAGAGGAGACGACGAUGGGCAAGUGGUCUACGGCACCUUGGCGUCGGUGUUGACCUUGGCCCAGGAGGAGUCCGACGCCUUGAGCGAGACGGUGACGGUCCUCGCCUGGGCGGGCUAUGCCCAAUGGAGCCGUACGCAGCUCUUGGGCGAGAUGGCCCGUGGCAGCUGGGGCUGGUGUGAUGGCACGCUGGAGGACAUCAAAGAGUCGGCCUCCGGCACGGGCCACGGCCUCUGGGAGCACUUGCGGCACCACAGCGAGCGCCUCAGCUGGGCACCCAGCAAUGAGUUGUCCCGGGACUUCGAGCAGCGGUUCCCCCCGCAGCGCCAGGCGGAGGAUGCGCAGGGCGAAGUGGUCACUGCCCUGGUGCAGCAGUUCGAGACCAUGAGGAGAGACAGUGCCACCGACCGCGCAUCUUGGCGCCGACCGAGAAGUGGAUGUGGCCAACAGUGA